AGCAAAGCUCUGCUCCCCAGCUUGCACCAUGGAAGCUUGUCACCUUCCACAGCAAUCCAAUGUCACUUCCUAUGGAGCCACAACUGUGGCCAUCAUCACCCUGGAGGUGUUUGCAGGCAUGUGGAUAAAUGCUUUCAUUGUUUGUGUGCUUUGCAUUGCCUGGGUGAAAAAGAAAACCCUGAACUCCAAUGAGAAGAUCUUGCUGCUGCUGGGAUGCUCCAGGUUUUGGUAUUUGUGCCUCUCAUGGAUAUAUGUCUUUGUCUCAAAUAUUUUUCCCUAUUUCCUUCUGGUUCAUCCCAUAUUUCAACUACUUCAAGGUUCUUACUGCUUUUUUAAUUGUUCCAACUUGUGGGUUUCUGCCUGUCUUUGCGUUUUUUAUUGUAUAAAAAUUGCCAAUUUCAGGAACAGGUUCUUUGUCUACCUGAAAGUAAAAAUUGACAGGAUGGUGCCAUGGCUUCUGUUGGGGAUAGUGAUUUUCUCCCUGAUUUUUGGAAUUCUUGCCUACGAAAGUAUUGAUAAAGCUGUCUGUAAAAGCCUCAAUUUCACCUGCCAAGAAAGAUUUUGGAAAGCAACUAUUGGGAUAGAGGAACAUUUUUUCCCUCUUUAUUUUAUCACAGGUUUUUUAUCUACCACUUCAUUCAUGGCAGUCAUCUUUGCUGCUCUUUUCCUUCUCUUUUCUCUCUGGAGACACAAGUGCAAGAUGCAGACAAACUCCAUGAACAGCCUCAACAUGGAUGCCCACAUCAGAGCCAUGAAAUCUAUUUUCUCCUUCUUAGUGAUGUACAGCAUCAACUUUAUCUUUUUGAUCUUGACUCUAAUUUAUUCAAUGGAGUACCGAAAUCAUUUUAUUGUAAUAUAUCUUGCUAACUUAAUUCAACAUGCUUAUCCAGGUGUUCAUUCCCUUAUUCUGAUUUUCAGCAAUCCCAAGCUGGAAAAGACACUGCUUAGGAUUGUCUCCUGUGUGAAGUGCAAGCUUUGCAUGAGGUAG